AUGCAAUUCACCUUCACCGAUAGUGAUUUCCUGAAUGCCGAUAUACACGACAGUCAAGUAGGCCUGGCCGUGUACAGGGUGCGUACGCUGCGCCACCGCUUCCUCAGUCGGAGCAAGAAGAGCACUAUAAUCAGCGCUGGAAGCAACCAUCAGCCAUUGGCUACUAUCCAUUGGGAACACCACCUCUUGCAGAUCUCAUCCGAGUCGGUCGCGCUAUCUAAAAUACAGUCAUAUUUGCCGUCGAAAAGGGGGAUAAUCUGCAGACAUUUCCAGUGGGAUUCCAAGCACUACGAGUUGAGCUACGAUGACGAGCAGCAGCGGUGGAAGGCCACAGCCUCCGAUCAGCUUACAGAAAGUGCGACAUUCCACCCGCCCCGGAGAAGCAAGAACGGAAACCAACACAAGAAUACCACCGCACAUGGCAUGAUUGCUGACGAUAAUGAUAGGCUCUUCUUACUGAUGCUGUUUCUGGUAUCUGAGAAGCAAUUGCGUCGUCGACAUGAAACGCAGAAGGUAUUGCGCACAACGAAUGUAUUCUAA